UUGGGUUACUUAAGAAGCUUGGUGACUUGAAUGUAACUGAGAAAUCCGAGCUGGCUUCGCUAACCGAGUGUUUAGCAAUAUUCUGGGAGGACUAUACAUGCUUGGAUUUAAGCCAGUGCAUGUUAAAUAGCGUGAUAUUACAGGUGGCGUCGAAGUACCUUGAAUCAGACAUAUCAGACUGUCUAGUACAUUUCCUUGUCCUCGGGACCAAGGCAAGCAUAUGGUGUGGAAAACACCUAAAAAUGACUCUUAUGUCCACUGAGGAAUCUCAAGAAGAAGAGCAUGAGAACCUGUUCUUUCAGCUGUUUCUGGAUCUGCUUAGCUUUUCUGGGGCUAGCUUUUCAGCUUUGGCAAGAUACCCUGUUUCUAUUGAGAAGAUGAGAGUUGGUAUAGUUGAAACUUUCUUUGAUGAAGAGUUAAACAUGAUCAAAGAUUUGAUAUCAGAGAUAAAGAGAAUUCAGUCAUUUGUAUCAGAAGAAGUAGUAGUAAAGGUCACACAGGAGGUCAUUGAUUCUGUAAUAAGGCUGUGUGGGACAUAUGUCCGAGGAAUGAAUUGGGAGUCCUGGGAAGAAAAACUUGAGAGGGACAAAACUGACAUGGACUUUGACGGGGCCAAUAGUAUGAAUCAUGUUAUCAAUGUAACGAAGUGCGCGGUUGAAAAACUAUGUGAGAUGGGCAUUGUUGCAGCUAAUAACGGCGGAAGCCUGGUACCAAUUAUCAAUACGUCUUGGAAAGGUGUAGUUACCUUGCUGCAGCUUGGUGAUGGGGUGUUAGCAACAAAGGUGAAUGUAGCAGCUCUAAUUUCAAAUCUAAUCUCAUUAGUUAAUGAAUCUAUAAGACGUGCAGCUGAGGUAUGGUUUUCAUCAUUGAAGGAAAGCAUUUCUGUCACAGAAGCUAGAAAGGCAUUUCUUCCUGUAAAGUUUUAUAUGGUCAAUGCCGUAAAAAUAUCUUCCCUAUACCCAUAUCAAGCAUAUCUGGUGCGGAGUGAGAUUACAAACUGUAUCCUGAUGAUGUCAACAUUAAAGUUUUCAUUGAGCAAUGAAAAUCUGUUAAAAAAUGCCAGUGAUGUUUUCACGGAGCUUUUGGAAAAGACAUCCUUGGAUUUGCUUAUUACUAUGCUGAACCCAGUUCAAAUAAAGCAGGAGCUCAAGGUUGAGAUUUUAAACAAUCUUUUCAGCGGAAGCUGCACAAAUUUUGCCGGUGGAGACCCUAGUAAGAUGCACUCAAUGGUUGACUUAUUUUCUACAAGUGGGGAAGCAUUUCCUGGAGAGAGAACCUUCUUGAUUGGCCGUAUAUCAUUAUUUCUUAAUUUUCUGAGAUUUUCUCUUGAUCUUGACAAUGAUGUAAAGCUUGGGAUUGCUGGAAAGCUUGGUUGGUUCUUUGAUAUGUUAGUAAAGGAAGAGAUAUAUUCUUCCAUUCUUCUUCUGCAAGCUCCUGUUCUAUAUGGUUUUGGAAAGACUGUGGAAGUUGUCUGGCAGCCUAUGUACUCGUCUGUUUUGAAUGCCUUGCAGAUCUUCAUGCUUGUGGUUUCUUCUAGUCCAGCUUGGAGGGAGUUGGAGUCUUUCCUUCUCGAGAAUCUAUUUCACCCCCACUUUCUUUGCUGGGAGAUUGUAAUGGAACUUUGGUGCUUUAUGGUUCGCCAUGCUGAGUCAGGGAUGAUGAGUGGUAUUGCUGGUAAACUUUGCUCGUUAAUGAAGUUGGUGGCAUCUAAUGAAUCAGUUCUUGUAGCGGAUUCUGCUCUAAGAAAAGUUGCAAGGUCAAUCAGCAUAAUUCUUACUUUUGGUGCACAAUCUAUGGUAGACCAGGUUUACAUGGCCAUUGUUCGUGAUGAGGGAACUCAACUGUCGUCGGUGAUGCGUCUGGCAUUGUUUAUGGAGGGCUUUCCACUGAAUUUAUUGUCAGACAAGAUGAAAAGAAUUGUGACACAACGGAUAAUUACUGAUUACUGUCUAUACAUUGAAAAUUUUGAUGAGAAAUCAGUGAACUCUCAUGAUUUUGGUCUUUUUGGGGCCCCAGUUUUCGCUCUGUCAUCUUCACUGCAGUCUCUUCAGAUCAGCACAUCUGAUAUCAAUGUCAAGACCCUGAAGUUUAUAGUUUCCAUCAGCCAGAACUACAGAGUUUGUGAAGAUAAGCUAAUGAAGGACCAGUAUCGUAAGCUUUUGAGUGAAACUUUACGGAUAAUCUCAAAUAUGAAGCACCUAUAUGCAUCUCUUGAAAUGGAGAAAGUAAUUGGUGAGAUUGAAAACCUGUUUAUCUCUGGACCUGCUGUUUUUGAUACCCAGUUGUAUGAAUGCAAACCAGAUCUGGCUCUUUUCAUGGCAGCUCUUGCGCACAUGGAUAUCAAAGAAACUGAAGAAAGUUCCAAGAUCUCUGCUCUAUGGGAUUUAUAUCACAUGUUACUGGCAGAGCGGCAUUGGGCAUUUAUUCAUUUGGCAUUGACCGCAUUUGGAUACUUUUCUGCUCGGACAAAUUGUAAUAAGCUCUGGAGAUUUGUGCCCAACAAUGCAGCACUUUCUUAUGAUCUGGCCUCUGGAAAUGAGGCAAAUCUGGAGCUAUUUAUGUCUGAGUUCAAGGUAUUCCUUGAGAAGGAAACAGCACUUCUCACAAUAGCGGCUAGCUCUGACCAGUUUGGUCUGCUUGUGAGGGAGGGUCUAAAGCUGAGAGAUAUGUAUCGAAAAAUCUCACACGUAAUUGUUGAGACUGCAGAAUGUGACUACAUGGAAAUUGAUGAUGAAAAGCAGGCCAUGGAAUCGAACAGUGGAAAACAAUCCGGUAGGAAAAGGAAAUUUCCUGAUGGAAUUGAAAAGGGUAUGGAACUGCUACAAAGUGGGAUGAAGGUUAUUGUGGAUAGCAUUUCCCAGUUGCAGCAAAAUGAUCAACCCAGCUCCUGUGAGCUUCCCGACAACUUCUUGACUACCUUUUCUCGCCUGGAAGCUGAAAUCUCUCAACUAGUUGGCCUGGCUGGUAGUGAUUAGGUUGCACUUGUAUUGUUCGGCGUUGGAAAGUAGUUUUUCAAUGCUUAACAAGUCAGGUACUCGUUCUACUGAAUUAGUCUUGCUUAACUAGUCAGUCCAUAUAUUUGUGUAUAUAUAUAGCCCAAAAGGAACACAAUGAGUUUGGUGUUUCGUGAA